UUGAACGUUUUAUAUGGAGCGUUGCUACAUGAUAACGGAAAGAACAGAGAAUUUCAUUGUUGAAGACGACCAGCCAUGUUUCGCUUAUCGAGCUUUUCCUCCGUAACCAAAACUGUUGCUCAAGCCAACCUUCCCGAAAGCGAUUCUUCUGCUCCGACCGUUCGAAGCAAUGAUCCCAAAUCUCCACCUGUCUCCACAAAAACCGUCGCUUUACCCAGAAAGAAGCGUAACCGUUCUCCUCCUCGGCCUACUGUAGUCCAAAUCGAACGUAUUGUGGGAGCCGGCAGCUUCCGUGACGGCCAACCAGCUGAUCCGGACGUGAGGAAGUCUGUAUUUGACUUGUUCUUGGGCAAGAAAUUUGAAGGGCCGGUAGAGAAGAAGCUGCGGGAGACUGGAGAGUGGCUCAUUAACAAUACCGAGCAAGAUUUUCGUUCUUCUGGAAAAAGGAUUCUGUUUUUUGUGUUGCAGUGGAUACUGCCUAUUUGGGCUAUGUCACUCCUAAUAGCUUCUGGGGUGAUCAAGUUACCAUUCAACUCUCCUUUUCUUGACGACCUGAUUAUGUGAUCAUAGUCCUCUCGCCAUGGCUUCUUGAAUUGUAUAUCAAGGUUUAUGUUAGAACAUUUUGGACGAGAAUGUAUAUCUAUGCAAAUUUGAUAUGCUUGAUGAACAGUGAAUUUCCGAAAA